AUGUCUCCAUCUAAGCUAGAAUUGUAAAUUAAUAUUUUUCUGUUUUAUACAAAUUAAUAAUAAAGACGGAAAAUGAAAUUAAAGAACUACAAUGAGGAUAUUAGAUUCAAAGUAAGACAGCGAUAUACAACAAUAUCUGAUUGGAUGUCAAAAACUAUUGAUUCUGAAAGUGUACCUGAAGUGAAACCUAGAUCUCAUUAUAGCACAGCAAAUAAAAUUAAACCGUCUGCUAUGAUUUCACUAAAGCCAAAGAGCAUGGAUACAGUUUUGAAUUAUCAACCAAGACUUUCCAAGUCUCAAUAACCAACAAAUUUACAAUCAUCAAAAAUCUAUAGGAAAUUUAUUGAUCCAAAUUAUAUUACUCGAUCUAUUGAUUAUUCGGAAUUAGGAGAUUCAAAAAAUAACAUAAAAAAGUAGAAACUCUAUCAAAAUUAAAGAGCUGUUUUUAAUAAAAUGAGACUCAUUUUAGAUUCAUACAAUAAUAGGGAAAGAGUCCUUUUAUAAUAUAUUUCUAAAUUAUAAUAAGAAAUAGUUACUUUAAAAUAAGGGCAUAAUUAAACUCUUUGA